CCAGGCAGCUAUCAGCCAGGCCUUUAAAACCCCGGAGGUCAUCAGGUUAUUUGCAAAGAAACAACCAGGUCAGCUUCGGACAAGGUUAGCAGAGAUGGAUAGAGAUCUCAUGGUAGGAAAGCUGGACAGAGGCCUGUACACUCAGCAGAAAGUGGAGAUACUAACAGCUCUCAGGAAACUUGGAGAGAAGCUGACUGCAGAUGAUGAGGCCUUCUUGUCAGCAAAUGCAGGCGCUAUACUCAGCCAGUUUGAGAAAGUCUCUACAGACCUCGGCUCCGGAGACAAAGUUCUGGCAUUGGCAAGUUUUGAGGUUGAAAAAACAAAAAAAUGACAUGGUGUGGAGGCUUGGAACAUUGGUCACAUUCUUGCUAUAAAUGGUGUUUGUCUUCUAGGGAUUUUGAAUCAUUGCAAAGCAAUCAAGAGAUUCUUGAAAUGCAUUGAUAACCUAAGAAAAGGUGUCAGAAAAACAUACUUGUGGCUUCUGGUUAUACCCUUCAUCAUUGUGCUUUGUGUAGGGCUCCUGGCCUGAGUCAUCCUCGACUUGUUGGGAUGAGGCACCCAUUGGACCUUAUUCAUUAUGUCUUGUGUGUUUGAGAGAGAGAACAGAAAACAGUUUCUCUGCCUGUUUUUUUUAAGCCUCCU